AUGUCUCGUCGAACUUGGCAAGAGAUUUCAUCAGGUAUUAAUAAAGAUUAUCUUUCAACAUUAAUUAAGCAACAUAAUGUUUGUACAUAUCGUACUAAACCAUGCAAGAAUUAUCUAUCAAUAACAUACAAAUGUUCAGAAUAUAAAAAAUUUCCUGCAUGUUCAUAUCAGUUAAAAGUCAAACAACAUGUAGAUGGAACAUACCAAUUAUAUUCCUCAUCAUGUCAUAAUGAUCAACAACGCGCUAAUAGUAAUCGUUUAUUAUCACCUAUUCUUGACAAUAUUCGUCAAAUGACCGAGAAUGGAUUAACAGUUGUACAAAUUAAAAAGGUAAUGAAAGUAUUACAUCCAGAUCUUUUCAUUGAUUCAAAAAUCAAAAGUGCUGUUGAAUAUAAACAACAACAAAAUCGUUGUCGUAUAGAAUUCAUCGAAGGAUUAUAUUCGCGGUAUGAAUCACCAGAAACAUUCAAAAUUUUUUUUCGUGGUAUUCAAAUUUGGGCAUCGGCUAUCAAUAAUCAAGCAUAUACCAUAUCACAUGUUAUGGGGGAUGUUGCAGCAGGUAUUACGGGUGCCAUGUGUGAAUUACCAUUAGCGCGUCGUUUAAUGUGCUGGGCACAUGUCAUCCGUAAAGUUCGUGGGCGUGGAACAUUAAUUAAAAAUAAAGACAAAUUUUUAUUAGUUGAACAAGAUAUUAAGCAAUUACAACUAUCAUUUAGUGAUCAAAUAUUUGUCACAGCAGCCAAUCUUAUGAAUAAUAAAUGGAAAUUAGAUAAAGAUUUAGAAAAAUUCACGGACUAUUUUGAACAACAAUGA